AUUGUUUGCUGCCAAAUGCAGUGGGUGCAUGGAAAAAAUUGCCCCCACGGAGUUCGUCAUGCGGGCGCUGGAGUGCGUUUACCACUUGAGCUGCUUCUGCUGCUGUGUCUGCGAGCGGCAACUGAGAAAAGGGGACGAGUUCGUCUUGAAGGAAGGCCAGCUCCUUUGUAAAAGCGACUACGAGAAGGAGAAGGACCUGCUCAGCUCCGUCAGUCCAGAUGACUCCGAUUCAGUGAAAAGCGACGAUGAGGACGGGGACAUCAAACCGGCUAAAGGGCAAAUAACCUCCGGGAAGGGGGGUGACGAUGCAAAAGACCCCAGAAGACCUAAAAGGCCACGGACAAUCCUAACAACCCAACAGAGAAGAGCGUUCAAGGCCUCCUUUGAAGUAUCUUCCAAGCAAGUGAUGUCCAACCGGAUGGAAGGGAUAAUGACAUCUUACACACCCCUUGCACCACCGCAGCAACAGAUUGUAGCAAUGGACCAGAGCACCUACGCCACUGAUCCUUUCCAGCAAGGUCUUACCCCGCCACAAAUGCCAGGUGACCACAUGAAUCCUUAUGGAAACGACUCCAUUUUUCACGACAUCGACAGCGACACCUCUUUAACGAGCUUGAGUGACUGUUUCUUGGCUUCCUCGGAAGUAAACUCCAUGCAAGCCAGGAUAGGAAACCCCAUUGAUAGGCUGUAUUCUAUGCAGAGCUCCUACUUCGCCUCAUGAAAAGCGACUGGCAGGGAAACCAGCCCAGCUCUUCUGAACUUCUUUCCUGAACCGAUUGUCCGCAAGGAGCUCCUUCCCGGUUUCCAGCUGGAAAAAAAAAAAACCACACACAAACACAAACACAAACACAAAGAACUUCAUACAGCCAUAUUUCCCUUGUUUUCCUCCACCCUGAUACUGGUCCCCUUGGAGCAUUGAAUUAAGGAGGCCUCUGAGAAACAGACAGGCCAGGAAUCCUCAGCCAGAAGGACAAAACGACCAGGCGUCGCUCUCAAAAAUCGCCAAGGUGGGACCAAGGAAACGCCGAUGCCCCUGUGGUUAGUUUCUCCUCGAACCCCAUCAUGGUGGUGGCAACACACUUGGGGACCUCUUCCAACAGUGCGGUGUUUUCUCCAGGCUGCCCUC